CCCCGGCAUCUACACUACCCACAGUGCAUUGCGCUUAAUCUCCGACUAGCGUGGCUUUUGUGGGAAAAAUAAUGGCAAAGAGUAAAAGUAAGGAGCGUGAGGGAGCCAGCAGUAAGACAGAGAAGAAUGAGAAGGAGGCGGUGAAGGAGAAGACUAAAGGGAAGACGAAGGAACGCGGUCGUCCUCGGGUCAGGAAACGCAACAGGAGCAGCAGCAGUAGCAGCAGUGGCUCCAGCAGUUCCGGUAGUUCCCGCAGCAGCAGUGGCUCCAGUUCUGGCUCCAGCUCGUCGGGCAGCUCCAGUGGUUCCUCCAGCGGCUCCAGGUCCCGCUCCAGCUCCUCCUCCUCCAGCGGCAGCUCCUCCUCCUCCUCCUCACGCAGCCGCACACGCGGACAGCAGCGCGUCGAGAAGGUCUCCCGCAGGAAAACCAAGUCAAGGUCACGGUCCCCACGUAGAGUACGCAAACGCAGCCCGACACCCAAACCUACCAAACUUCACGUCGGGCGCCUGACCAGGAAUGUCAACAAGGACCACCUGGUGGAAAUCUUUACUGUGUAUGGAAAGGUGAAGACAGUAGAACUGCCUGUGGACAGAGUCAACGCUCACCUGUCUAAAGGCUUUGCCUACAUCGACUUUGAAGAUGCCGAGGAUGCUGAGAAAGCCAUGAAACACAUGGAUGGAGGACAAAUAGAUGGUCAGGAGGUGACGGCAGCCAUGGUGCUGCCUGCCCGUCCCCGGCGCCGUCCCAGCCCGCCGCGCCGCCCGCCCAUGCCGCCGCGCUGGGGACGGCCUUCUCCUCCCAGGUUUGGUGGUGCCCGGAGAAGGAGUCCCAUCCGCCGUAGGUCCAUUUCUCCCAGAAGGCCGCGUCGCUCCAGAUCCCGCUCGCGCUCCGUGGGCCGCCGUCGCCACCGCAGCCGCUCCAGCUCCAGCUCAUCACGCUAGCAGGACGUCGUUCUUAACGGGAUUGUACGCUAAAAACUCUCCAAGUAGUAUCAGGAACUAAAAUUAACCCAUGAAGCACUUGUUUAAA